AUGGAGUUGCCGCCCCUGAAAUCGAAACUAUGGCAACAGGCCAAGGCAUAUAUUAAACUUCCUGAGGAUGGCUCUCAGACCGCCGUUGAGGUUCCAGAAGACUGGGCAGAUAGGUCGGAGCCGUGGCUCUUGCUCAAACGAAAGGCAGAGUGCGCAGUUCGCUUCAAGCAUCCAGAGCCAGGAACAUCCUUUUUGUAUGAUGACUGGAUGAAAGGCUGA